UAACCCAUGCCUUCCAGAUCCAACAACCCAGAUCCCUUCAUCCCCAACCUGUUCCCCAGGUCGCCCCCAGCCCGUGCCUGCUCCCCAACGGUGCCCUGCGGGCCCCUGUGGCGUCCCUGCCCCCGCCGUGCUGAUAGCUGCUGCCCCCGAGCGUCUGGGCCUCCCAGAGACCGGCCAUCGCAUCACCCUGGGCAGCCAGACUCUUGGGGGCCUGAACCCCCAGUCUGGAGCUCCGCUGCUGACACGCGACCUGGAGCCACAGGCGGUCAACCUGCCCCCCCCCAUCCCAGCUCUCGCUGUUCCCCUGAACCCUAACCCCGUAGUCCCAGCCCCUGUCGUCCCAGUCGUCCCCAGGACAGCGGAGGAGAGGGCAGGUCCCUCAGAAGACCAACAGGAAGUCCAGAGACCAGAGACACCUCAGCUCCAGCCCCACGUUAGAGCACUGGUCAGAGGAGUGGUGGAUCUGUUUCCUGAUGUCCAGGAGAACUAUGUAGCAGAACUGAUCCAGACCAAUGACCUGAAAGACCUCAAUGUUAUCUGUAACAUGUUGCUGGAGAACCCAGCCUUCCCUCAGAGAGAGAGUUCAGCCGCCGCGGCUCAGAGCAGCAUGCUACUGGAACCCUGCAACGACAACUCACAGUCUGCAGAGGACCUGUUUGACCUCGGGUCGUUAGGUCAGGUGGGUCAGGCGUCGAUGCAGGCAGCUGACCUCUUGAUGGGAGACUUCAGGAUGAUUUCCUGUCAGGACAUCAAAUGGAGCCUCAACGCCUUGAAGGGGCACUACGCAAUCACACGCAAGGCCUUAUGUGAAGCGGUGAAGCAGUUUCAAGACUCUGAGUCGUUAGAGAAGAAACGACGCAGGAGACAGACUGCAGAACGCUGCUAUAUAGACUUCAAGUAUCAGCACGGUUCGGUGAAGUUGGAGAGGAGGAUGUACUUCCUGGAGAAGAACCGUCGCGGCUGCAGGACGUACGGAGCAUCUCUGGACCCCUCGUUGCAGAGGGAGGUCACCUUCUAUCAGCAGAAAGCCAAGGAGCAUGCUGAGCAUGAAGACUUCCUGCUGGCUCUGCAGGUUAAUGAGGAGGAGUAUGAGAAGGACGGACAGCUGAUAGAGUGUGGGUGUUGCUGUGGGGACUUUGCCUUCGAGAAGAUGACCCAGUGUUCUGAUGGACAUCUCUUCUGUAAAGAAUGUCUGGUUAAAUAUGCAGAGGAGGCUGUGUUCGGGUCGGGACAGUCCUCUCUCAGCUGUAUGGAAGCAGACUGUCCCUGUUCCUUCCCGGUGUGCGAGUUGGAAAAGGUUUUGCCGGACACGGUGUUGUGUAAAUACUACGAGAGACAAGCUGAAGAGGCCGUGGCCGCGACCUGCGCCGACGAACUAGUACGGUAUGACCAUACCAAUAUUAGACAUGACCCUUCUUGUGAUUGUCUAAAGGGUCGGCCAUGUUGUUCAGGGAGUUGGGUAACCGUGGUGAUACAAAUACUAGACAUGAACCUUCUUGUGAUGUCGAUAGACGGACUAUAA